AUGGCUGAUUCGGUUCCAAAUAGCAAAAGUAUUCAAGAUAUUUUGGACAGAGAACCUCAGUUUGUAAAUGAUACACCUUUAGAUACAUUUUUCCAAAGUUUGAACGAGAAAUUCAUUAGUAAAAUACGUUGUACAGAUGGGCUGAAUCUUUACCAAUUAGCAGAAUGUGACGGUAACAAAGGAUUUGUUUCGAAAUGUAUUGGAUACCUCACUGAAUUGCAUUUUUUGGUUCGGGAACGGGAGGCAAGUCCUCAGAAGGACAAUCUGUUGCCGAUAUCUCUUCAUGAUAUGAAGUAUUUUGAUGAGCUUGUAAACUUGAUUAUUGUGCAUGGGGUUUAUGCAAAUCUCCCAGAGGAUUUAGGAAUACCAUUAGAACAAAGACAGCUUACAAAUUUCAAACAAGAGAAGAAGAUAUUUUCUGUUCACAAGAGGGGAGCUCCAGAUUUGAAAACUUUGGAGCUAGUGCUUAGUUCCUUUUAUGAGAUAUUUGCUAAUAAUACGGGGCAGAAGGAUACAGUUAGAGAAAUGUUAUUGAAAGGAACAGGAUAUAUAGACUGUGUCACCGGUUACGUUGCACUGCUGUGUGAGACUCCCGGACGGGCUGCAGAAUACGAAGAGAAGCUGGAGAAGCUGGAAUCCAUGCAGGAAACCUAUGAGUUGUUUUCUAUGUAUUCCUUACUUGUGCAUUCUACAAAGAAGUUCAAGUAUAAAGGAUGGGUUUUGAAUAAAUUAAGCACUCUACCAAUAAGGAGAGACGAUGGUGUCACCUCUCUUGUUGAUUUUGUUGUUGGCAUUAGAGAGGAUGAGGAAAUAAGCGCAGACAAACUUGAGCGCGUGAAUCAGAUAUUGCUGGCUAAGCCGAAGACGGUUACUAACGUUGAAUACUUCAGUAAACUGUUUGCUAGAAUCUAUGACGGUCUAACCUAUGUAAAUAGGCCGAUAUUGGUAAGCUGUCUAAACCAUUUAGUUACAGGAUUCUAUUAUAAAAAUAGGAGGAUUGUGCAAGACUUUCUGUUUCCCAAAAUAGAGGGCGUCUUAUUUAAUCCUGAAGCGAAAGCUUACUCAGAGAAACAGUUAAAUGACUGCAUCAAUGUUCUAAUAUCUCUGGCUAAAAAUUCGUCUACGGAAGUCAUUAAUGAGCUGGUUAGUAAUAAAGAUGCAAAUAAUUUCUAUCUGCAUCUGUGGAUUUAUGCACUAUAUCUGAAUAAAUAUCAGAAACUGCAGCCUAAUGGCACGCAAGAGAAGUCGGGACCUUAUUACAAUGUUGUGUUGAAACUGAUCAAAACGUUUAUGAAGGUAAACGCUGAUUACCAGGUGCUCGAUUAUAUUGUGUUAAACCUAGUCAACUUUGAUCAUAAGACCUGGGGGUAUGCUAUCAAUUUGGAGACUCAGCUUCCUUAUAUCAUUCCGAAGGAUUCCUCUUUGAAUUCCAUUCCAAAAGAGUUGAAGGUUGAAGCAAAAGACGAUCCUACAACGAAAUUUCAACAUCUAUUUCUCGACAUCGAUUUAGCUGUACAGAUGAUGAUUGAGUUUCUAAACUUGGUUAAUGACGAAGAUGUAACGAAGACUAUCUUCCUUUCUGUAAUUAACCGCUGGGUCACUAGUACCAAUCGAGAUGCCUCGUCACUUAUGCUUCAUACAGAAGAAGAUAACUUCUCUGAAAGCCUGUUGUCGCUGGUAAAUUUAAAACUACUCGAAAAAUUGAAUGAAACCUUCAAAUCGGGAAUCAUUAAGAAACCUCGCGAUAUAUUAUAUCUGAUUGACAACGUAUUGGGAUUUUCAUGGAUUGUGGUGGACGGAUCGGAAUCAGAACAAGACUCAGAUGAUGACGAGGACGAGGCUGAGCAUGAACCUACCAACCCACUUGCGAUUCUUCUGGAGUUGCUCUCAAACAUCAUCACUUCAUCAACACCAGAUCGCUUGCUAAACGAAUCGCCUAUCCUCUCAUCCAUUUCGUCCAAACUGAAUAAACACCCAAAGGAUGAAAAAUGUGUAUCAUUGAAACAUCGCAUCGAUAAAUACCUAUCAACUGAUGUGUCCACCUCCUCCCCCUCCUGUUCCGUUGUUGAUGGAGAAACGGACCAAGAAUCCCUAGAAAAAGCCCUCGCAAACAUCCACGACUCCCUGGUCCCCAUCCGAGCCCACGGUCUCUUCCAACUCCGGCAGCUCAUCGAAUCCGGCUCCCCGGCCGUAAACAUCCAGACGGUUCUCGACCUCCAUAUCCAACAAUUACGCGACCCUGAACCCUUCGUCUACCUCAACGCCAUCAAAGGCCUCUCCGCCCUCUGCCAAACAGCCCCGAACGACACGCUCCCCCUCCUGCUCGACAUAUACCAACCAAAAACCCCCCCCACCCCCCCAUCCCUCGACGAAUCCCUCCGUCUCGGCGAAGUAUUCAUCAACUACAUCACCACCGAAAACGAACUCUUCCAGGGCGCGUACGCAAACUCCAUCGUCAACCUAGCACUGCACAACAUCAGAGAAAGAGACUCAACCGACAACCGCAUCCGCAUGUCCUCCAUAUCUAUCCUCGGCGUCUGUCUCAAAACAAACCCAGCCGGAAUCUCCUCCCAUAUCCCUGACAUCCUCGACUGCGCAUUCGCCAUCCUCCAGCUCGAACACUCAGCCCCUACCACCCCCAUAAAAGACAACUCCGCCAUUAUGAGACGAGCAGCGGUCCACCUCAUCCACGACUACCUCUCCAAUUCCCCCCCCACCCCAUCCGACCAACACUACAGCCCCACCAAACUAUACAACUUGCUACUACAUCACCGUCCAAAAGAACCCGACUACCUAGUCUGCGAACUAAUCGACGACCUGCUACACCUCCUGCGUGACUUCCAAACAUCUCUAUACACCUCUUCUACCACCUCCGCCAUCACUCGACUGCAAACCCUCCACAUAUAA